AUGUAUAGGAAUGUAUUUGUGCAGCAGCAUCUGUGGGGAAUGACCCUGGGACCGCAGCCCUUCUAUGGGUUCUACCUGCGGAAUUUCUCGUCACCGAUCCAUACGGUGACAAAGACAGAGAGCGAACAGGUAUCGUUGUCGACAGUUGACCUGGCGACGACGCAGGUUGCCUGGGACGAUGAGAAGCGCUUGCUAGAGCUUCCGGUCGGGAAGAGCGGUACGGUGGGGAUGAUAACAUGGGCCCGCGGUGGGAAGAGCUGGGAGUUGUUGAAGUUCGGUUUCGACAAUGAGUUUAACCCCGCACUACAAUUAGGGGGGGAUUAUCGUAGUCCUAACAGACCAUUGACCAUGGAUCCAAAGUCGGCCGACGACUGGUUGGAUCCGUCCUGGAUGGACGGGCCAGCGCAUAGUAAGUACCUACAUAAGGCGGAUAGGUUGGGUGGCCUACAUGAGGAAAUCUUUAUUACCGAAAAGCGCAUCCCAUUGAAGAGGGGGAGAUGGGGAUGA